CGCGUCAGGUGUUAGUAAUUGUUGACGUGUAGCAGUGGUGAGGUAGCUACCCACAGGCGAUUACGGCAGUGGCGGGGAAGUGGUCGGUGCGGUCGGCGAGCGGGUGAGAGAGUCGGAGGGGAGAUGAAGGGCGGAGGAGAGGGGGAUGUUGGGGUGUGGAAGAGGAAGAAGAGAGGUGUGUUGUCGAGCGAAGGCAAGCAGACGGUCGAGUGAGGUGACAAGGUGACGCAGCUAGACAAGGCAAUAUUUGGGGACAGGUCUGAAGUUAGCUCUUAGCGAGAGGAGGCACCUUGCUGCAGAGGAGGAAGGAAUGCAGCUGCGGGCAAGAACUUUAGACGUGGAUGAGAGACAUUUAAUUGCGUGCAUGCACAAGUCUAUUACUUUGGCAGCGACAGCAAGCACCUUGCAUGGCAGGCACGAUCAUGAUGUGAAUUGCUGUGACUUGCUUCAAACGCGCCCCGUCCACCUCACAGCGACCCCGCAGGCUGUGCGCGGCCAGCCAAACGGCGGCUCAACAGCCAUCAGGACCCCACGCGCGGCAGCACCAGGGCAGAACAGGCCUGGAUUGUGCUUGACGAUUGGAUAUUCUGCCGCUUGUACCUCCGAUUGGUGUAAAAUGGUGGUAUGCGAGUCAUGCUCAGGACCGGCAAGGUUGCUCGAGGGACUCGAGCAAGGAGGCUUGCAUACAGACAUGUGCUGGCACAACCCCAUGCUCGCAGUAUUGCUACACCUCACCCAACAAACGCCUGAAGCUUGCUCUUCCCACAGCCACAACACCACCCAAUGCACCGCUCCCUACAGCUGAACAUCGAACGCCUAUCGAUCCAAUCACUUUUGUGCCUCGAAGACGACCUUUUGUACCUUCAUCUUGU